AUGGCAUCCUAUUUCCGCAGCACCGUGAGCCGCUUUCGUGGUGGAGACAAUGGUGCCGCCAGAAACAAUGACAACAACUUUGACUCGGGGGAUAGCAGCGGUCCAGAUGAAAUCACCGACGGUGGUCUUACUUAUAUCCAUGAAAAAGGCGGCAACAAUUCACUGCCUUCCUACCAGGAGGCUACCGGAGCGCCGGUUGAGCGGCAUUCGCCGCUAGGCUACUCCGUCGGCCCCGUGACCAUCAUUUUCCUCAAUGUCAGCAUGAUGAUUGGCACGGGCGUGUUCUCAACACCUUCUUCUAUCCUUGGUGGCACAGGCUCCGUCGGCUUGAGCAUGAUCUUCUGGGUUAUUGGCUUUCUCAUGUCGUUGACAUCGCUGGCCGUGUAUCUUGAAUUUGCCGCGUAUUUCCCCAACCGCUCGGGUGCAGAGACGGUCUACCUCGAGCAGGCCUACCUUCGGCCCCGCUUCCUGUUCCCCGUUGCCUUUGCCUUCCAGACGGUCGUGCUUUCCUUCAGCAGCAGCAACUCCAUUGUGCUUGCACAGUACCUGUUCAGGGCCAAUGGCCACACACCGACCAACUGGCAGCUCAAGGGCGUCGCAUUGGCCGGUUACUCGGUUGCUUUUUUACUUGUUGCAUUCCACACGAAAACGUCCUACUAUUUGUCUAACGCCAUCGGCACUGUCAAGGUUAUUACCCUGACAUUCAUCGCUAUCACGGGACUCGUCGUGCUCGGGGGGCACACUCGUGUGGCCGACCCACAUGCCAACUUCAUCAAACCGUUUGAAGGUACUGCCACAGCGUACGGCCUGACCAAUGCGCUGUACAAGAUCAUCUUUUCGUACGGUGGCUAUGCCAACGCCUUCAACGUCGUCAACGAAAUCAAAAGCCCCGUCAAGCAGCUUCGCCGCAACGCUUUCAUUGCGCUCUUGAUCGUGACCAUCCUGUAUAUUUUUGCCAAUAUUGCGUACUUUGCAGCUGUGCCAAAGGCCGCGCUUGUUUCUUCCAGCCAGGUUGCUGCCAGUCUCUUCUUCCAGGCCGUCUUUGGCGACAGCCAUGCGGUGCGCGGGUUGAAUGUGCUUAUUGCCCUUAGCUCUUUUGGCAACCUGGUCGCGGUCCUGCUGGGCCAGUCACGUGUUGUGCGCGAAUGUGGUCGACAGGGCGUGCUUCCUUUCCCGCGGUUCUGGUCUUCAACUCGUCCCUUUGGCACGCCCCUGGGGCCGUACUCGGUCGCGUAUGGCUUGACCAUCAUUAUGAUCCUGGCGCCGCCUGCCGGUGAUGCAUUCAACUUUGUUGUCGACACGAAGGUGUAUCCGUCGUCCAUCUUCAACUUGCUCAUGGGUGCCGGGCUCUACAUUGUCCGAUGGCGUCGUGCGCGUGCCAAGCUGCCACAGCCAGAAUUUAAGGCCUGGCAUGUGGCUGUCAUUUUUAACAUUCUCGUCAACCUCUACGCCGUCGUCAUGCCCUGGUACCCACCAAAAGGUGGCAUCUACGGUGGCGAUGUUUCAUUCCUGUAUUCAGCAUAUAUUUUGACUGGCAUUGGAAUUGUCGUGGCCUGCGGUUUAUAUUACUGGGCGUGGAUAUAUUGGGUGCCUGUCUUCCGUGGUUACCGUAUCCGCCAACGAAUCGAUAUUCUAGAUGACGGCGCACAAACGAACAUUUUGGUUAAGGUCCCUGUUGAUGAACUAGCCACCUGGGACGCCGAGCACGAUAAGGCCGGUCACCGGAUUAGUGAUGUUCCGCGUAACGGUAACAAGGGUGUCACAACCGGAUUCGGUAAAGAGGAGGUGGGCGUUGUUACGGAACGGGCCGUGUCGGACUCCGUGUAA